CACAACUAGGUAGAGCUGGCCACAGAAACACUGAAGAUCCACUGAGAGGAGGAAAAGUGGGCGAUGUUGCAGCUAGGAUCUUGUUUUUGGACAUUGUGGGAAGGCUGUUGAUACAGUCCAGAGGGCUUGUAGGUAUUUUCAAGCUGAAAGGUUGAGGUAGCCUCAGCGCCGCAGUAUUUUUAGAUCACUUCUGAAAGGAAUACAAAAAUGUCGUCUCCAAGUCCGGGCAAGAGGCGAAUGGAUACCGACGUGGUGAAACUCAUUGAGAGCAAGCAUGAGGUCACCAUCCUCAGUGGACUGAAUGAGUUUGUGGUCAAGUUCCACGGACCACCUGGAACAUCGUAUGAAGGAGGUGUGUGGAAGGUCAGAGUGGACCUACCAGAUAAAUACCCCUUCAAAUCGCCAUCAAUAGGAUUCAUGAACAAAAUCUUUCAUCCCAACAUUGAUGAAGCGUCAGGAACUGUGUGUUUAGAUGUCAUUAACCAGACAUGGACAGCUCUCUACGACCUCACCAACAUCUUUGAGUCGUUCCUCCCUCAGCUGCUCGCCUACCCCAACCCCAUCGAUCCUCUGAACGGAGACGCAGCCGCCAUGUACCUGCACCGGCCGGAGGAUUAUAAACACAAGAUCAAAGAGUACAUCCAGAAGUACGCCACAGAGGAGGCUCUAAAGGAGCAGGAGGAGGGAGGGGGCGACUCCUCUUCCGAGAGCUCCAUGUCAGACUUUUCGGAGGACGAGGCUCAGGACAUGGAGUUGUAGUGAAGGGGGAAAUCAUGUCCCCUUCGCCUCACAACAGACUCUCAUUUCCUAAAGAGCAGAAACUCAGUACUAUAUUCAUAUUUAAACAAGACAGUUUUUUACAGCAACAAAAGGAUUUGUAUUGCUACACAAGGAUUUGCAGUAUGAUAUUGCAGAAUAUUAACCCUUACUUAGGAAUUCAUGACCACCACCUGCCCCCUCGCCCUCCUCUUCACCCGCUGAGAGCCUGUUUAGAUCAGUAAGGAGUGCAUCAUUCAUUUCCACGAUCUUUGGUGGCUUCAAUCAAGGCUUUGACACUGCUUUUCAAGACUGAGCGGUGAGACCAUCGCAGGAGGAAGAAGGACUGAGUUUUCUUUUCUUUAUCGAACGCUUUACUGCGUCAUCGGGCAUCUGUCCCUCUCCGACAGAGGACUGCAGGAUGACAAUCCACGAUUUCUGUGCAGUGUCAACUUCAAAAGAGAGUGGAAUCCCAUUUUUGUUUAAGUGUUGCCUUUAAUUUUUUGAUGCUGCCACCUCGAUUUCAAUCAUCUCUUCUGAGAAACUGAAGGCCACAGUGCUGUCAUGUGUUCACGGUGAACAAACUGGUGUGGCUGCAGACGGCCUCUGACAGGCCUGCUGACAGGUUACACACCCUUAAACCACCAACGCAUCAACCAUGACUGCCUGUGUGUGCCUGUGUGUACCUGCGUGCGUGUGUGCCUGCGUGCGUGUGUGCCUGCGUGCGUGUGUGCCUGCGUGC